AUGGAGAGAAAGCUGGACAAUAAAAUGAAAAGGGAACUGUCCUGCUUAGCUACUUUAAACAACAAAAACAUAACCCUGGUGUCUAUUCAUAAGCAGCAGGCAGCUCAUGAUGUGCCUGAACUACUGAUUAUUGGUGAAAAGUCCAAGAUGGGAUCUCCGGUAAAAACAAGCAGUAACUUGCAGAAAGAAGAGAAGCUUUUGCAGAGUUACUCCAUGGGAAUGAAAGAAGUCAAUACAGUUGAAAGACAGGCUUUGUCUAACACUGAUUCUCCACCUGACUGCAAGCUGGAGCCUACAAUGAAACACAGUUUUGCUUUUGACAACCUGGGCUAUGAAGAGAGCUUUGAAGCUGUGCCCUCUCCAUCUUCCCAGGAACACACUGUGGCAGUUAAUGUCAUGGGAAUGACUUGCCAGUCAUGUGUGCAGUCGAUAGAAGGCCGAAUUUCUAAGGUGAACGGCAUCGUGAGUAUUAAAGUCUCCCUUGAACAGAACAAUGCUGUAAUAAAGUACCUGCAGUCUGAAAUAAGUCCUGAACAGAUUUGCCAGGAAAUUCAGGAUAUGGGCUUUGAUGCCAACAUAGCAGAAGAGAGGUUGACAACAGCGACCGUAAAUCUGUCGUGCUUGAGAGAAGCAGUAGUUAAGCUUCGUGUGGAAGGCAUGACGUGCCAAUCCUGUGCCAUCAACAUUGAAGGAAAGAUUAGGAAACUGCAUGGUGUGGCAAAAAUCAAGGUGUCGCUUGGUAACCAGGAAGCAAUUAUUGCGUAUUAUCCUUACCUCAUUCAGCCUGACGACCUCAAGAGCCAUAUCAGUAACCUGGGCUAUGGCUGCACCAUUAAAAGUAAAUCAGCCCCAUUGAAGUUGGGUGUCCUCGACGUCGAGCGCUUGCAAAAUGCAAACCCCAAGGAGACACCAGCGAGUCUCGAGGGUGAUGGCGUAGAUCUGCUGGUCGCCAAGAUGAGUAACACAGCUGCGGUGGCUGUACGGAUAGAAGGCAUGCACUGCAAGUCCUGUGUCAAAAACAUUGAAGGAAAUAUAUCAGAUCUUCCUGGCAUACAAAGUAUUAGAGUGUCUUUGGAGCAUAAGCGUGCUGUGGUACAGUAUAGCCCAGAUUUAAUUACCCUGUCAGCUUUGCAGCAAGCUAUUGAAUCCCUUCCACCUGGAAACUUUAAAGUAUGCCUCCCUAAUGGUUCAGAAGCAAAUAGAGGAGCAUCUCCAUCACCUGCUUUGCUGUGCGAUCCCGUCAGAGAGCCGCUGCAGGACACAUGCACAGCUGUUAUUAGGAUUGAUGGCAUGACCUGCAAUUCUUGUGUACAGUCCGUCGAAGGGACCAUAUUGCAGAGACAAGGAGUGCAACACGUAGCAGUUUCUUUAGCUAGUGGAACUGGAACCAUAUGUUAUGAUCCAGCUGUUACUAAUGGAGAAGAGUUAAGAGCUGCUAUAGAAGACAUGGGGUUUGAUGCUUCUGUGCUGACAGAUGCCGCCGCUGCUGGAGGAUGUAGGUACCAGCCUGAUGCCAGCGACGUUGCCGUGCAGCCUCGAGCUCCAGAGCCUCCUCGCCAAGGCUGUGCCUUGGAUCCUCAUCCAGACAGUCCUCGCCUUGACAGGCCAAACCAGCCCAGCGGAGAGCCAGCUGAAAAGUGUUUCUUACAAAUCACAGGCAUGACCUGUGCCUCAUGUGUGUCUACCAUUGAGAGAAAUUUGCAGAAAGAAGACGGAAUUGUUUCAGUGUUGGUAGCACUGAUGGCGGGUAAAGCCGAGAUAAAAUACAAGCCAGAAUUCAUACAGCCUCUUGAAAUUGCACAGCUGAUCCAGAAUUUGGGUUUUGAAGCUACGGUCAUAGAAGAUCAUGCAGAAACAGAAGGAAAUGUGGAGCUUCUU